AUGGUGAUGAUGAGACUGAUUUCGAACAAUGGCUUAAUCUACAGACACAGCCUUUGUCUCAGAUGUAACUGUACGACACUUGCUCUCUCUAGCUACGAUCCCAUUACCCAGAAGAAAGCACGAAACUUUCUGGAGACGACGACGACGAGCAAUGCUAUCUUCCAAUGCAAUUCUCGGAUUUCGAAGCUCGCGAGAAACGGGAAUCUCCAAGAAGCCGAAGCUAUUUUCAGGCAAAUGCCACAGAGAAGUAUCGUCUCUUGGAAUGCUAUGAUUUCGGCUUACGCGGAGAAUGGUGAAAUAAGUAAAGCACUGCAAAUGUUUGAUGAAAUGCCUGUGAGAGAAACAAGUUCUUAUAACGCGAUGGUUACGGCUAUGAUUAAGAACAAGUGUGAUUUGGGAAAAGCUUAUGACUUUUUCUGUGCUAUUCCUGAGAAGAACGCUGUGUCUUACGCGACGAUGAUUACUGGUUUUGUCAAGGCAGGGAUGUUUGAAAAGGCGGAGCUUUUGUAUGCUGAGACGCCGGCGAAGUUUCGUGAUCCUGUUGCUUCGAACGUGUUGUUGAGUGGGUACUUGAGAGCAGGGAGAUUCAAGGAGGCUGUUCGUGUUUUUGAAGGUAUGGUGGUGAAAGAAGUGGUAUCAUGUAGCUCAAUGGUUGAUGGGUUUUGCAAAAUGGGGAAACUUUUUGACGCUAGAAGUCUGUUUGAUGGAAUGACUGAGAGAAAUGUGAUUACUUGGACUGCUAUGAUUGAUGGGUAUUUUAAAGCUGGGUUUUUUGAGGAUGGGUUUGCUCUGUUUCUGAGAAUGAGAGGGGAAGGAGAUGUUAAGGUUAAUGCUAAUACUUUGGCUGUCAUGUUUAAAGCUUGUGGAGAUUUUGUUAGAUACAGAGAGGGAAGUCAGAUUCAUGGGUUGGUUUCAAGGUUGCCUCUUGAGUUUGAUCUGUUUCUAGGGAAUUCGUUGAUUUCGAUGUACUCUAAGCUUGGCUAUAUGGGCGAGGCCAAAGCAGUUUUUGGCGUGAUGAGAAGUAAAGACAGUGUUUCUUGGAAUUCAUUGAUCACGGGCCUUGUUCAGCGAGGACUUGUUUCUGAAGCUUAUGAACUUUUCGAGAAGAUGCCUAACAAAGACAUUGUUUCUUGGACCGAUAUGAUCAAGGGAUUCUCUGGAAGAGGAGAGAUCUCUAAAUGUGUAGAGCUGUUUAGGAUGAUGCCUGAGAAGGAUGGUGUGACAUGGACUGCUAUGAUAUCUGCUUUUGUGAGCAAUGGAUGCUACGAGAAGGCGCUUUGCUGGUUUCAUAAUAUGCUUCGGGAAGAAGUUUGUCCAAAUUCCUUCACUUUCAGUAGUGUGCUCAGCGCAACGGCUAGUUUGGCAGCGUUGGUUGAAGGACUACAGAUCCACGCUAGAGCUCUGAAGAUGAACAUGGUGUAUGACUUGUCAGUUCAGAAUUCAUUGGUUUCGAUGUAUUCCAAAUGCGGGAACACGAAUGAUGCUUACAAGAUCUUCUCAUGCAUCAGUGAGCCAAAUAUUGUCUCUUAUAACACGAUGAUCAGUGGGUUUUCUUAUAAUGGUUUCGGGAAGGACGCUCUAAAACUGUUCUCCGUGUUGGAAAGCACAGGGAAAGAGCCAAAUGGUGUUACCUUUCUUGCUCUGUUAUCAGCUUGUGUUCAUGUUGGAUAUGUAGAGUUAGGAUGGAAGUACUUCAGAUCAAUGAAAUCUUCGUACGGCAUUGAACCAGGACCUGAUCAUUAUGCUUGCAUGGUUGAUCUCCUAGGCAGAAGUGGAUUGCUUGAUGAAGCAUAUCACUUGAUCUCUUCAAUGCCUUGUGAGCCUCAUUCUGGGAUUUGGGGCAGCCUUCUUGGUGCAAGCAAGACUUAUCUACGUGUUGAUCUAGCAGAGAUAUCUGCAAAGAAACUAAUUGAACUUGAGCCUGAUAGUGCAACACCUUAUGUGGUAUUGUCUCAGCUAUAUUCACUGGUUGGAAAUAACAGAGAUGGUGAUCGGAUAAGGAAUAUCAAGAAAUCUAAAAGAAUAAAGAAGGAUCCUGGGUCUAGCUGGAUCAUCUUAAAGGGUGAAGUGCAUAAUUUUCUCGCAGGUGAUGAAUCUCAUCUGAAUCUGGAAGAGAUAACUUUCACACUGAAGAUGAUUGAAAAGGAAAUGGAAUUUGAUCUCUCUCAGCCAUGGAAGUAG